AUGGACCAUAUACUGUGUUACAACAAGCGGGACCCAACUCCUAUGUCAUUGGACAUCUUGAUGGGGAGAAGGAGGCAAGUUGUUACGAGGGCAAGUUACAUAAUUAUUUUAAAGAGCAGCAAGUACGACGGGUUGGCUGAAAAUGUACAAGAGAUUGGCUCUGCCGACCCGCCAUCUGUACACGAACAGUUCUUGAACAUGGUGCGAACGUACAAGAAGAAAACUGCAAGAGGUAUUAUUCCAAUUGAACAAUAUGAAAGUGCCAUGCAGGCCAUAUUACAAGAAAAAUUAUCAAUUAGAGAUGCUGCUACUCGCUACGGGGUUAAUUUUAUGACGUUACACCGCUAUAUGAAAAGAAAGUUAGCCCUAAACGUUGAAAACAGAAGCAAGUGCUUAGUUGGCUACGCUACGCACAGAAAAAUAUUUAGCAAUGCCGAAGAACAGGAACUUGCGAAAUACACAUUCCGCUAAAAUUUAUUACGGUCUUACAACUUCUGAUUUGCGCAAACUUGCAUUUCAUUUUGCGAUAGCAAACAACAUAUCUGUUCCAGAAAAUUGGAAGGUGAAAGAAAUAGCUUCCAAGGAUUGGUUAUAUGGAUUUCUGAAGAGGCAUCAAACUUUAUCUGUCAGAACAGCCGAAGCUACUAGUAUGGGCAGAGCCACUGCGUUUAAUCGCCAUAAUGUGUCGCAGUUUUUCAAUAAUCUUGGCAAGG